AUGAGCAGGAUACCGCUGAGAAACUUUUCGAGCUCUACAAGGCGAUGUGUUGAGGCUGCCAAAUCGCUUAUCCAGGCCCCUCGUAUAAGGCACAUCGACGCCUUAAAAGAGAACGGAGUGCUGGGUUUGUAUUCUCCAUCCGGACUGGACGCUGUCUGGUACUCCAAGGUGGAAUCGAAAGUAAAGGACCUCGAAUAUGGUAUCAGCAUUUCGACCCAGCGUUCCACUCUUGAGCGUUGUUUUGUGGAGGAAACCGCACCAGCUACAAGCAAUGUGCAAUUCGAGUUCAGUGGAAGACAAACCUCGAUCUCCAAGUUCCACGCGGUUCUUUCUGAGACUGCCAAAAGGGCUGAUGACAGUCUUGUCUACCAAGCCGCUGGUUCCGUGUAUGGAGCUUACUACUUUGUUUCGUCACUUGUGCCCAACAUGCGUGCUUCUGCUACCAGUGUUGGCAAGCCAGAUCAGAGUGUGCUAUUUGAGACUCCUUCAUUGGCUACCCAAAUAGACACAAUGAUCCCCGAAAGACUCAAGCACGCCAUUGAGGACUCCUUUGGAUCUCUGGUGGAGUUUCGCACUUUGUUGCUUCAAUCGGCAGCCGCUAUUAACGGAGAUGGCUACUCGUGGUUGGUGUCUUCGGUGCCUGACCGGAGCAACGGUCAUGGUCGUUCUUUUGACCCAUUGUUCAUCGUUAACACAUAUAACUCGGGAGUUCCAGAUAACGUUGUUCGUGGAGGUCAGGUGGCCACUUUGAGGAAGUUCACUGAAUCCAGACUCGAGGACGGAGUCGAUAACGGUUUUGCUGCUGCUCCAGCUUUUCCUACUCCAGCCGAGGCACAAGAGCUUCUAACUUCGAAAAAUCUCGCUUUCAAGCCCCUAUUGUCGAUUAAUGCAUCUCCAAGUGCUUUCCUGCCAGAUUACGGUGUUUAUGGAAAAGGAAAGUAUCUUGAUAAUGUGUGGGAUUGCAUCGAUUGGUCUGUAGUGGAGAGCAGACUCCCGGUUGAUUUUGUUUCUAGGGAGAGGAUUCAGAAAAAAUAG